GGAGACUGUCGUCCCCCGGUUUCGCUGGAGACCAGGCGGAAGCGGCCGGAAGUAGCGCUGCGGUUGGCAGCGGCGGGAUGGAGAAACUGGGGGUGGAGCCGGCGGAGGAAGGCGGCGGCGACGACGACGAAGACGCCGAGGCCUGGGCCAUGGAAUUGACGGACGUGGGGGCGGCAGCCAGCUCUCAGGGAGUUCAUGAUCAAGUGUUGCCCACACGAAAUUCUUCAUCCAGAGUCAUAGUACAUAUGGAUCUGGAUUGCUUUUAUGCACAAGUAGAAAUGAUCUCAAACCCAGAGCUAAAAGACAAACCUUUAGGGGUUCAACAGAAAUAUUUGGUGGUUACCUGCAACUAUGAAGCUAGGAAACUUGGAGUUAAGAAACUUAUGAAUGUCAGAGAUGCAAAAGAAAAGUGUCCACAGCUGGUAUUGGUUAAUGGAGAAGACCUGACUCGCUACAGAGAAAUGUCUUACAAGGUUACAGAAUUACUGGAAGAAUUUAGUCCAGUUGUUGAGAGACUUGGAUUUGAUGAAAAUUUUGUGGAUCUAACAGAAAUGGUUGAGAAGAGACUACAGCAGCUGCAAAGUGAUGAACUUUCUGCGGUGACUGUGUCGGGUCAUGUAUACAAUAAUCAGUCUAUAAACCUGCAUGACAUCUUGCACAUCAGACUACUUGUUGGAUCUCAGAUUGCAGCAGAGAUGCGGGAAGCCAUGCAUAAUCAUUUGGGGCUCACUGGCUGUGCUGGAGUGGCUUCUAAUAAACUGUUGGCAAAAUUAGUUUCUGGUGUCUUUAAACCAAAUCAACAAACAGUCUUACUACCUGAAAGUUGUCAACAUCUUAUUCAUAGUUUGAAUCACAUAAAGGAAAUACCUGGUAUUGGCUAUAAAACUGCCAAAUGUCUUGAAGCGCUGGGUAUCAAUAGUGUACAUGAUCUCCAAACCUUUUCACCCAAAAUUUUAGAAAAAGAAUUAGGAAUUUCAGUUGCUCAUCGUAUCCAGAAGCUCAGUUUUGGAGAGGAUAACUCCCCUGUGAUACCCUCAGGACCACCUCAGUCCUUUAGUGAAGAAGAUUCAUUUAAAAAAUGUUCAUCUGAAGUUGAAGCUAAAAAUAAGAUUGAAGAACUACUUGCUAGUCUUUUAAACAGAGUAUGCCAAGAUGGAAGGAAGCCUCAUACAGUGAGAUUAAUAAUCCGUCGGUAUUCCUCUGAGAAGCACUAUGGUCGUGAGAGUCGUCAGUGCCCUAUUCCUUCACAUGUAAUUCAGAAGCUAGGGACAGUUGUUCCUGCAUCAUUUGUUGAAGACUAUUCUUCACCCACUGAAUUACCAUGGCAUCUUUGUCAAAAAUUAAUUGACCAUAAAUGUAAGAGUUUAUUUCCUGACUUUCUUGUUUCAUUGGUCUAUAUAUGUUUAUUCUUACACUGAUUCCACCGUGUGUUGGUCUCUGCUGCUCUGUUUAUUUUUCUGCAGUCUUUUUUUUCCGUUCUUUCUUACGAAGUGGAUAAUUUGUAUUGAGCUGCCUUUAAGUUCUCUGAUUCAUCUGUCAUCUCAUAACUGCUGUUGCCCCUGUAGUGAUUUGUUGGUUUUGGUUACUGUACUUUUUAACUCUAGAAUUUCUGUUUGUCUUUUGUUUGUAUGUUUGGUUUUGUUUCUUUAUCGAGAUUCUCCCUUUUUUGUAGUCAUUAUAUUUUACUUUAAUUCUUUAAACAUGGUUGUCUUUAAUUCUUUGGACAUAUCUCUAAUAAUGAAUUUGAAGUCUUUGCUAAGUCCACCUCAAAGUCAAUUUAUGUUAACUGCUUUUUCCGCCAAAUAUGUAUCAUACUUUCCUGUUUCUUUGCAUGUUUUGAACUAUUUUAUUGAAAACUGAACCUCAUAGAUAAUGUAUUAUAGCAACUCUGGAUUUAAAAGUUUUUCUUGUAGGGUUUUUUCUUUUUUCUUUCCUGUACUUUUUUUUAGGUAACUUGUCUGAAUGUAAUCUGCAGAAUUUACUUCCCCUGUGUUGUGUAGCAACUGAUUUCUCUGCUCAGUGUUUUUUUUUUUUUCCCAUUCAAAUUUUUAAUACUGGCUUCUGGGAAGUUGCCCAUGUCUGUAUAGUUUCAUGGUUAGCCAGUGAUUGGCAAAGGUUUUGCUCAAACACUAGAGUCUGGAAGCUGUCUACCUCUGCCAGUGGAUAAGUGUAUGGGUUGGAGAGGGCUUAAAAAAUUUAGGCCAUUUUCUCAUACUGCCCAAAGUAAUUUAUAGGUUCAAUGCUAUCCCCAUCAAGCUACCACUAACUUUCUUCACAGAAUUGGAAAAAAAUGCUUUAAAUUGCAUAUGGAACCAAAAAAGAGCCCCUAUAGCCAAGACAAUUCUAAAUAAAAAAAAGCUGGAGGCAUCAUGCUACCUGACUUUAAACUAUACUACAAGGCUACAGUAACCAAAACAGCAUGGUACUGACUGGUACCAAAACACAUAUAUAGACCAAUGGAACAGAACAGAGCCCUCAGAAAUAACACCAUACAUCUACAACCAUCUGAUCUUUGACAGACCUGACAAAAACAAGCAAUGGGGAAAGGAUUCCCUAUAUAAUAAAUGGUGCUGGGAAAAAUGGCUAGCCAUAUGUAGAAAGUUGAAACUGGAUCCCUUCCUUAUAUCUUAUACAAAAGUUAACUCAAGAUGGAUUAAAGACUUAAAUGUUAGACCCGAAAUCAUAAAAACCCUAGAAGAAAGCCUAGGCAAUAGCAUUUAGUACAUAAGCAUGGGCAAAGACCUCAUGACUAAAACACUAAAAGCAAUGGCAACAAAAGCCAAAAUUGACAGAUGGGACCUAAUUAAACUAAAGAGCUUCUGCACAGCAAAAGAAACUAUCAGCAGAGUGAACAGGCAACCUACAGAAUGGGAGAAAAUUUUUGCAAUCUACCCAUCUGACAAAGGGCUAAUAUCCAGAAUCUACAAAGAAGUUAAACAAAUUUACAAGAAAAAAGCAACCCCAUCAAAAAGUGGGCAAAGGAUAUGAACAGACACUUUUCAAAAGAAGACAUUUAUGCAGCCAACAGACAUGAAAAUGCUCAUCAUCACUGGUCAUUAGAGAAAUACGAAUCAAAACCACAAUGAGAUACCAGCUCAUGCGAGUUAGAAUGGCGAUCAUUAAAAAGUCAGGAAACAACAGAUGCUGGAUAGGAUGUGGAGAAAUAGGAACACUUUUACAUUGCUGGUGGGAGUGUAAAUUAGUUCAACCAUUGUAGAAGACAGUGUGGCGAUUCCUCAAGGAUCUAGAACUAGAAAUACCAUUUGACCCAGUGAUCCCAUUACUGGGUAUAUACCCAAAGGAUUAUAAAUCAUGCUACUAUAAAGACACAUGCACACGUAUGUUUAUUGUGGCACUAUUCACAAUAGCAAAGACUUGGAACCAACCCAAAUGUCCAUCAGUAAUAGACUGGAUAAAGAAAAUGUGGCACAUAUACACCAUGGAAUACAAUGCAGCCAUAAAAAAGGAUGAGUUCAUGUCCUUUGCAAAGACAUGGAUGAAGCUGGAAACCAUCAUUCUCAGCAAACUAUCACAAGGAUAGAAAACCAAACACCACAUGUUCUCACUCAUAAGUGGGAGUUGAACAAUGAGGACACAUGGACACAGGGAGGGGAACAUCAAACACUAGGGCCUGUUGGGAUGGAGGGCUGAGGGAGGGAUAGCAUUAGGAGAAAUACCUAAUGUAAAUGAAGAGUUGAUAGGUGUAGCAAACUAACAUGGUACAUGUAAACCUAUGUAACAAACCUGCACAUUAUGCACAUGUGCCCCAGAACUUAAAGUAUAAGAGAAAAAAAAAUUAGGCCAUUUUCAAGUUUUUCUUGAAUUUUAAUUUCUGCUAGGCCCUCUUUGUCUCCCCAUGAUGUGCAUGUAGCCCUUUCAAUAAGGAGUAUAUGGAGAGCUUGGGCCCUCUGUGGCCUUCCGUUUAUUUGCAUGUAGCCUCCUAGUCAACUAGGGUUGUAAGGGGAGCCUGUGUAGUCCCUCUUUGGUUCUCUCAUUUCCAAAUCUCCUGGUGACAUUUCUGGCUGGUCCACUGAUCUGUCAUUCACCCAAACCACGACUAAAGUUUCAGACUAUCAGAGCUGUGGGAUCUUCCCAUUCGUUUCCUAUCAAGUUUGCUCAUUUUACUGGCAACACUGCUGAGUGUGGGCUUUUGCCCACUGCCUCAAAUCAGGUCUGUCCCCUCUGGAAGUGAAAGUGCUGGCUUUUGCAGCCUUCACCCUGUACCAACUAAGCUAUGUAAAGGGGCAUUCGAACAGUCCCAGACAAUGAAGCUGCUAUCUCCUACUUUCUUAGCUAACAUAUAGCAGCUGUUCAUAAAUCAGUACUUCUCACUUUGUUUGCCUUUGGUUCAUUUCCAGAUUUCCACCAAAAUGAUUGUUUUUGACAGUGUUGUUCAGUUUUAUAGUAGCUUUUUGAGAAAGGAUUUUCUGACCAUAUCAGUGUAGUAUAUAACCAGAAAUCCCAUAUUUCAAAUCUUUUGAAAAUUUUCAACCAUUUAGUAUUAACAUUGAAAUGUCUUAAUUUGGUAUAUAUAAUGUCAAGAUGCCCAGUGAUACUUAUUUAGGAUUUUAAUUUCUUAAACUCAGCAAUAUAAAAUAUAUUAUGCUCUUAAUAGUAAUUAUAAUGUUUAUUCUUAAACAU